AUGGGUAUCAGCAAGACUAUUGUUUGGUUUAGGAGGGACCUUAGAAUUGAAGACAAUCCUGCAUUAGCUGCUGCUGCUAGGGAUGGCUCUGUCUUCCCUGUCUAUAUUUGGUGCCCCAAAGAGGAAGGACAGUUUUACCCGGGCCGAGUGUCGAGGUGGUGGCUGAAACAGUCUCUUACUCAGUUGGGUAAUUCACUGAAAACACUUGGAGCUGAACUUGUGCUGAUCAAAACUGAUAGUACUCUUGGGGCUCUUUUGGAAUGUGCAAAUGCAAUUCAAGCAACAAAAGUAGUGUUUAACCAUCUCUAUGAUCCAGUUUCGCUUGUUCGUGAUCACAAUAUCAAAGAAAAACUAGUGGAACAUGGUAUAUCUGUGCAAAGCUACAAUGGAGAUUUGUUGUUUGAGCCAUGGAAUAUAUAUGACGAGAGUGGACUUGCUUUUACAGCUUUUGAUCCCUUUUGGAACAGAUGUUCGCAUAUGCAAAUCCAAGCUUUUUCACUUAUUCUUCCUUGUCAACUAAUUCUAGCUGAAGGAAAAGUUGGGAAAUAUUCAAUUGAACGUCUUGGUCUUGAGGAUGAAUCAGAGAAAUCCAGCAAUGCAUUGUUAGGAAGAGCAUGGUGUCCAGGUUGGAACAAGACUGACAAGGCUUUAACAGAAUUUGUUGAACACCACCUACUUCACUACUCCAAAAACAGGUUAAAGGUUGGUGGGGACUCCACUUCACUCUUGUCACCAUAUAUUCAUUUCGGAGAACUGAGUGUGAGGAAAGUUUUUCAGUUGGCGCGUACCAAGCAGAUAUUAUGGGCAAAUGAAGGAAACAAUGCUGGUGAAGAGAGUGUAACUCUCUUUCUCAGGGCCAUUGGACUUAGAGAGUACUCGCGUUAUCUUUGUUUCAAUUUCCCAUUCACAGUAGAGAAGCCACUGCUUGGGAACUUGACAUAUUUUCCUUGGGAUUCUGAUCCUGCAAAAUUUAAGGCUUGGAGACAAGGUAGGACUGGCUAUCCUCUAGUUGAUGCAGGAAUGAGAGAACUAUGGGCAACAGGAUGGAUACACAACAAAAUAAGAGUCAUAGUGUCUAGUUUUGCAGUGAAAAUGUUGCUCAUACCAUGGCAAUGGGGAAUGAAAUACUUCUGGGACACACUUUUGGAUGCAGAUCUUGAAAGUGAUAUUUUGGGCUGGCAGUAUAUCUCAGGUUGCUUACCUGAUGGGCACAAGCUUGAGCGCUUGGACGAUCCUGCGAUUCAUGGGGCUAAAUUUGACCCAGAAGGCGAGUAUGUACGUCAAUGGCUACCUGAGUUGGCAAGAAUGCCAGCUGAGUGGAUUCACCACCCUUGGAAUGCACCCCUUACUGUGCUAAGGGCAUCAGGAGUUGAGUUGGGACAAAACUAUCCAAAACCAAUCAUUGACAUAGAUAUGGCAAGAGAACAAUUGACUGAAGCUAUAUUCAAGAUGUGGGAAAAUGAGGCAGCUUCAAAAGGGUCUGGCUCAGAAGAGAGACAUGAAGUUGUUGAUGAUAGUGAAAACUUGGCCAUUCCAAAAGUUUCCAUGAAGGACAAGGCUCCACGCCCCAUUUCUUCAUCUAAUGAUCAAAAGGUGCCAACACUUCACAAUCCCCAGAAUGAUCCUCCUAAUAGAAAAAGAUUAAAAUCAUCUGCAGAUAUCAAUCAGAAGCAGAAUAAUUCACAAAAGCUUAGCAAGGAUACUGGAGUAUCAACCAUUGAUCAAGAGGUUUCCUCUACAGCUGAAUCUUCAUGCAGGAGGCAGAGUUCCAGCACUCAUUCAUUUUCUGUUCCACAACAACAGUGUUCCUCAUCUUCCAAUGAGAUGCUCAUGGCAAGAUCAGCUGGAUAUGGAAAAUAG